ACUGUAGCCUUGAAAAAGGUCAUACAUUGUUUGCUUACGCCGAGGUCAAUCACCAGCAGUGGAACCGGUGAAUUGAGUCAUUUUAAGAAUGGAAGGAGUUAAAAAUCCACGGAGAGCUAGUUCGGCUAAAGAGUCUAGAUUGGCUCUACUAGCAAAGAUGCGUGAGGCAAAAGAGAAAGGAGAACGUCUUCGCAUUGUGAGUAAAUAUGCAGCUUAUUUCCUUUCAGGAAAGAGACGAGCAACCAGUGUACGAAACUGUUGACGAAGCAGAAUAUGCUGAAUUGGUCAGAAAACGUCUGGAAGAUGACUGGAUUGUUGAUGAUGAAGGUGGUGAUUACGCAGAAGAUGGGAGGGAAAUAUUUGACGAUAACGAUGAAGAUGAAGAACAGUUUGAUUUAAGACCGAAAGCGAAGAACAUAGUGUCGUCUCAGUCAGCACCGAAGAAGAAACGGCUUAAUCCUGAUAUCCGGGCUAGUGAUUCAGCACCUCUGCGUCCUUCUGUUGGGCGUGAUAUUCGGAGUCUAUUUGCUGCUUCAUCAGGUUCAAAUUCGAGUAAGAAAAGAAAAGAAAUGAAAGAUCUCUCUGUGGACCCGAACCUAGAUGAUUUGUUAGCGGAAUUAGAAUCCUCUGUAACAGAACCUAAACCUCACCACCAUAACUCUGAUAAUUUAUCUCGGAAAAGUUCCGUAGCUUCAAAACGAGACUCUGGAGUACAUGGCAAUGUGGUAAAUACACUUACCGCCUUGAAACGUCGUUCACCUGAACGACCAGAACAACCUAUUCACACAAUUAACGGGCCUCGUCUAAAACUUCCCUUAGUAUCUGAAAAGAAGCAUUCUUCACAGACUCCACUUGAUCAGAGAUCACGUAAUCCUUUCUCGUGUCACAAGCCUGCAGAAACAGAGCAGAAAAUUGGGCACAGUAAACCACAGGUUACCGAAGCUAUUUCUCUUCCACUCGAAGAGGCAACAUCAAUGGUUUCUGAGGUGGAUGAGACCAACUUUUCGGAAGAUUUUGAAAUGGAGAUGGUACCAAAAAAUGUUCAACCUGCCGUUCAGCCACCAAAAUCAACAAGUGGAUCAAAUACACAAUCAAUAACUAAUGUAACUGCUAACUGGUUAACUGAAGAAAAUCUAGCUAAAGCUGAUGACACAACUUGGAUAGGUGAAACUAGUCCAGUUUCAUUUCCUCCUUCAUCAGGCAAGGGAAACUUUCUUUACUUUUAUUGGUUUGAUGCUUAUGAGGAUUUCAAACAACUACCAGGCAUUGUUUACCUAUUUGGCAAACUUUAUGAUCUCUCGAAGUCUGGGACGUAUGCCAGCUGUUGUUUGCGCAUUAAAGACCUUGAAAGACGCAUAUUUUUACUACCACGAACAUCAUCGCCUGAAAAUGGUGAGCUCCCUACUGUCAAGGAUGUUUACAUGGAAUUUAGAGACUUGACUUCACAGUUUAAAAUUGGAAAGUUUAGGUGUAAAACCACUGAAAAGCGCUAUGCUUUCGAAUAUGCCGAUGUGCCAGAAACAAGUGACUAUUUAGAGGUCCGUUAUGCUGCGUCAUACUCGCCUUUGCCAGCGGAUCUUCAAGGAAAAACCUUUUCUCACGUUUUUGGUACAAACACCUCUUUUUUGGAGAACCUAAUGCUUGACUUACAGUUACGUGGUCCCUGUUGGCUAGAAAUCAAAGAUGCGUCACAGGUUCAGCCUCAGAUAAGUUGGUGCCAAAUUGAUUAUGAAGUCAUUUGGAGGUCAGGAAGUGGAUGUCCAAUCACAAAAUUGUCCACUGUUAUUGAAAGCCAAAAAUUAUCAUCAGACAAUACUUUAGAUUUAAUGAAAGUUCCACCAGCACCACCGCUGUGCUUAGCCGCUAUAAAUAUCAAGUCAGUUACACAAAAACAUUCAAUUCAUUCUGAGAUAAUUUCAAUCGGUUUACUGAUUGAUAAUGCUUAUCUUCUUGAUAAACCGAUAGAGAAGAGCCUUUUUCAAACACAUUAUUUAGUUUUGGCACCUCCUAAAGAUGCAGCUUUACCGUAUGAUCUUCGAACAAAAUUGCCAACCUAUGGAGCUCAGUACAGUCCUCCUUCUUCCACUUGGUUAUCCUCAAAUUCAGGAGUUUCAUCAACGCCUUCUACUGUAGAAAAAUACAAGAACCGUUCCAAUGGAGAUUCAUCAGGAGCUGGUGGAGUUGAUGUUGAACCUAAUGAGCGUGCAUUGUUAGGUAGAUUCUUGACUCGCCUACAUAAACUUGAUCCUGAUAUAAUUAUUGGACAUGAUUUGUGGGGACAUCAAAUUGAAUUACUAAUCCAAAGGUUGAAUGCUAAUAAAGUUCCUCAUUGGCACCGUGUAGGACGGUUACGACGUUCUGUCAACUUCCCAAUGAAUUUAAACAGUCGGUCUUGGAUUAUUCGUCAUUCAAUGCCUGGCCGUCUUGUUUGUGACACCAAAGUAUCUGCUCGUGAAUUGGUUCGAUCAAGAACAUACAACCUUUCUGAUCUAGCCAGUCAAGUUUUAGGGGAGGUCGCUUCUAAAAAGGACGACAAAUCCUCGCAAAUUAGUCUACUUCCAAAACGUCAAAUUCCACCCAUCCUAAUCAGUCGACUGAAUGGAAACACUAAAUUUGUUUGUGAUAAUGAUCUUUCAAUAAUGGGUUUUGGUGCAGAAUUAGCAGAUAUUGAAAUAGAUUCUGCUGAUUUGCGAUGUUUGUUCUCUAAUUCCGACUUAGUACGACAGCUUAUUGAUUUUUGUCUUUCUGAUGCACAUCUUGUCCUUAGACUAUGUCAUCAGUUACAGGUUUUACCUCUUGCAAUGCAGAUUACCUCUAUUUGUGGCAACGUACUUAGUCGCACUUUGUCAGGUGGUCGUGCUGAGCGUAACGAGGCGUUACUUCUUCAUGCCUUCACUCAACACGGAUACAUUGUCCCAGAUCCACCUGUAUCUCAUCGCGGUCCGCAUACUAAUCGUCAUGAUGAGUGGGAUGGUAUUCAAGACCAAGCAGUUGAAGAAGUAGGAACUGGACGUAGGAAACCAGCCUAUACUGGUGGAUUAGUGCUUGAACCAAAAAAAGGCUUUUAUGACAAAUACAUUCUACUUCUGGAUUUCAACUCUUUAUACCCAUCUAUUAUACAAGAAUUUAAUAUUUGCUUUACUACUGUUGACCGUGAUCUUGUGGCAACUACUUCAUCUGAUAAAGAGCCUUUAGAUCUGGAUACCAUUGUUACCACUCUGUUAGCUACAGUUCAUGGGGAUUCCAAUAAUAUAUCUGUUGUAAACUCUGAUGACAAGAAAAUACGCCUUCCAGUCGAUCAAGAACCUGGUUUAUUACCUGCAGAAAUUAGACGUUUAGUUGAAUCACGUAAAGAAGUAAAAAAGUUGUUGGCAAAUACAUCAUCUGGUGAUGCUGCACAACGUGCACAAUGGAAUACUAGACAAGCUGCACUAAAGUUAACGGCCAAUAGUGUUUAUGGUUGUUUAGGGUUUGCUGCUUCUCGGUUCUGUGCUCGAGGUUUAGCUGCCUUAGUUACUGGUUUAGGACGUGCAGUGCUUAUGAACACUAGAGACCUAGUGGAAAAUAUGAACAUGGAAGUUAUUUACGGUGAUACCGAUUCCAUUAUGGUUAAUACUAAUACAACGGAUUUAUUAGCUGCAUUAGCUAUUGGUGAAAAAAUACGCCAAGAAGUCAAUAAACACUAUCGUCUCUUAGAGCUUGAUACAGAUGGUGUUUAUGCUGCUAUGUUGCUUUUAGCUAAAAAGAAAUAUGCAGCCUUGUCAGUUAUAAAUCCUGUUCAGUGGGCUGCAGCCACAAAAAUAUCAAUUAAUCAAGGACUAACACCACAAGUUGUUUGUACAAAACAAGAAAUGAAAGGUUUGGAUAUUGUUCGACGUGACUGGUCAGCACUUGCUAUAUCUGUUGGUCGACGGUGUGUGGCUGCUUUGUUGUCUGGUGAACCUAAAGAUAUCAUUUUAGAUCGCAUACAUGCUGAUUUAACUGAAACAGCAGAAAAAGUGCGUCAAGGAAACUUACCUAUUUCAGAAUUUAUUAUAACUAAGAUGCUAACUAAAAAUCCGGAGGACUAUUCUGAUACAAAAAGUCAACCUCAUGUACAAGUAGCUUUACGUCUCAACGGUUCUACUGCAGAUGAUAAGAAAACUGGCACGCGUCGACUUCGUGCAGGAGAUACUGUCGAGUAUGUAAUCUGCGAAGAUGGUUCCGGACAACUUGCUACACAUCGUGGUUACAGUCCAACGGAGCUUACCAGUCGUUUGUAUAAAGUAUCUGACGAUUCGGAACCAUCUACAAAGGGAAUUCUUUCAAUCGACGUGAAUUACUACUUAGCUCAUCAAAUACAUCCUGUUGUUAGUCGACUAGUUGCACCCAUUGACGGUACUUCUCCUGCUCGUAUUGCUGAUUGCCUUGGACUUGAUCCAUCAGGUUAUCGUCGUUCUAAUGUAACUACUAUUGUAGAUGAAGAUGAUGAAAAUAACCCAGAUAGUGGCUUUUCCUCUGGAUUCUCUAGCUUCACUAAUUGUGGAGAUGUUGAACCACUUUACAUCAAUUGUCCACGAAAUUGUGAUGGUCCUCCAAUCGCAAUUAAAACAUCAGCUUUUAGUGUGGUUGGUAAAACUUGGUUUUGUCCUACAUGUUCGCACAAUUUAUUGCUUUCACAAGAUUCUACUCGCCUUGUUACUAAUCGCUUGGUCUUUGAAGCGCGUCGUCUUAUUGUCCGCUAUCAAUUAGGUUGGAUGACUUGUGAGGAUCCUGCUUGUGCUGUAGUCACACGUUCGUUACAUUGUCCUCCAAGUUCUGGUCAUCAUACUAUUGGUGAAUCCGACGGUCUUUGGGCUCGUGGUGGACGUCCUCUCUGUGGAGUAUGUGGAGGUCAGGCAACACUCAAGUCAAACUACUCUGAGGCAAAGCUCUAUAGGCAGCUAUGCUUUUUCAGAUACCUAGUGACUCCACCAAACAAUAAGAAUGCUGGAAGUAAUGCUGAUAUGGAAAUUACUCUGCCUCCAUUGGUUUCCACAAUUCUUUCGCAAUGCCGAAUUCAUUUUGAUCGUCUUUUAUCUCAUUCUGCAUUUGCGAUGGUAGACUUGGGUAAAUUAUUUUCCGGUCUCCGUACAACUUGCACUGGACCUGGAUUCCGUUAACUUGAAAGAUCACUUCCCACUACAGUAUCUGUAUUAUUUAUAUGUUUAUUCAUGAGUGUAAAUAUUUAUUAUUUUUCUACAAAAAACUUUUAUGUACCGAGCUUUAUUGAAUAAACAAAUUUCCUUCUACUUUCAUAACGAGUAUAAUAUAUAUUUAUUUUUGUUUAGC